AUGUGCUUCCUGCCCCCAAGGACGGUGGUGCGGCCCAGCCUGCGCCCCAGGACGUCGCGGCAGGCCCGCUUGCCCCCGAGGACAUUGCAGCAGGCCCGCCUGCCCCCGAGGACGUCGCAGCAGGCCCACCUGCCACCGAGGACAUCGCAGCAGGCCCGCCUGCCCCCGAGGACGUUGCAGCAGGCCCGCCUGCCUCCGGGGACUGUGGUGUGGCCCAGCCUGCACCCCAGGACGUCGCAGCAGGCCUGCAUGCCCCCGAGGACAUCGCAGCAGGCCCGCCUACCCCCGAGGACUGUGGUGUGGCCCAGCCUGCGCCCCAGGAUGCUGCGGCAGGCCCUCAUGCCCCCGAGGACAUCGCAGCAGGCCCGCAUGCCCCCGAGGACAUCGCAGCAGGCCCACCUACCCCCGAGGACGGUGGUGCGGCCCAGCCUGCGCCCCAGGACGCCACGGCAGGCCCGCCUGCCCCCGAGGACAUCGCAGCAGGCCCGCCUGCCCCCGAGGACAGUCAAUGUGGUCCAGCCCGUACCCAAGGACAGCACAGCGUCUCCUUGCCAGCCGGCUUCCAAGUCUCCAGACCCGCCUGUAGUUCCUAUGUCUCCUGUUCCUGCUCCCAGGGCCUCUCCUGUUCCAGCUCCCAGCUCAGCCACCUUUUCAGUUCCCGGCCACACCACACUUCCAGUUCUCUGCCCAGUCUAA